CUGCAUGGCUCCUGUCCAGAGAUUGACUGACUCAGAGGACUCAAGUGGAAGAGACGCACUACAGCGCUUUCUGCCUGCUGGGAACGACUAAUGCAAUGCGAUUGUAUUGAUCAGCUGUGUGUGAUUCUCUCGUUAUUUUUUUCUUGCUCCCUUUGGAAUGGGAAAAAGCGCAUCCGAUUCAACAUUAAGGCAAACAAAGAGAAGUGCCAAUAUAUGGAGAGCAGUAGGCACUGCAGCAUGAAGGCAACAACUGGACCUCUCUUCUCCCCGGUGACUAAAAAGCAAGUGAGAAAAUAAUCGUCAGCGCUGUCCACCAAGCUUGUGGGUGGAUGCGGCCAGGAGACUGCUAUUACAGAGAAAGGAGACUGUGAGGAAGCAGCAGCGCAAGCUGUGAUGAUGAUCCAUAAUUGGACCGUUACUUUCAAGAAGACUCAUUUUUCAUAGUUUUCGCCAAGAUCCUUUAGUAAUCAUUUUCCACUGAUGCUCGGGGUUUAGCGUCCUUUGCAGGCUUUCUUUGUCGAUGAAUGUGGAGCUUGUUUCUUAAGAGGAUGGAGAACUGCUUCGGGAUCAUAUUUUUGGCACUGAUGAUAUUGUAUUUGGUUCCGAACACAGUUUACACAGCCAACAGCGGUUAUCCCAGAAUACGGCUCUCACAUAAAGAACUUUGGCAGUUAAACAGGACGUGGGUGUUCCAGGGCAAUGGAGUGCCUCUUCAGCCCCAGACCAUGCUGCUGGACGAGGGCCACGAGAGGCUUUAUGUCGGGGCCAAGAAUGCUCUAUUCUCCCUCAGCCUGGACCAGUUUAACACGCAGCACAGAGAGAUCCAGUGGGCCAGUUCUGAACUCCAAAUAGAAGAAUGCCUGAUGAAGGGCCGGGAAAAAAUGGAGUGCGCAAACUACAUCAAGGUUUUGCAACAGUACAACGAGACCCAUCUCUUGGUCUGUGGGACGGCAUCCUUUAACCCCAUUUGCGCCUGGGUACACGUGGGACACACUGGAAAGGACAGGCUAUUUACUCUGCUAAAGGAGAGCAUUACAAGCGGUAAAGGGCGAUGUCCGUUCAGCCACAAGAGUCCCUGCACUUCUACACUCUCAGGUGGAGAGUUGUAUGUCGGCCUCUACACAGACUACUGGGAGAACGAUGCUGCCUUGUGUAGACUCAACAACCGCACCUACACGCGUACUGAGAGGGACGACAGGCAGCAGCUCAACGAACCGAGAUUUGUCGGCUCAGCGGUUAUUCCUGAUAAUGACGACAAAGAUGAUGACAAAGUUUACUUCUUCUUCACCGAACGUGAGGUGGAUGCAGAGGGGCUCUACAAGGCUGUCUACACCCGUGUCGGACGAGUUUGUGCGAAUGAUCGGGGAGGACAGAGGAUGCUGGUGAACAGAUGGAGCUCCUUUCUGAAAACUCGACUCAUUUGCUCCGUGGCCGGACCUGAUGGCAUUGAUACUCACUUUGAUCUACUUGAGGACGUCUAUGUGUUGAAGAACAAAGACGGGGAAAACCCAGAAAUCUUUGGCCUUUUUAGCACAACCAGUGCCGUGUUUAAAGGCUAUGCGGUGUGUAUCUAUCACAUGGAUGACAUCCGAGCCGCAUUUAACGGACCGUUUGCCUUCAGAGAGAGACCUGAGCAUCACUGGACACCUUCUGAAGAUAAAGUCCCCUACCCACGGCCUGGAUCUUGUGCCAGCAAAAUCAACGGUGGUGGUUUUUCAAGCUCUAGGGAGUUUCCAGAUGAGGUUCUGCGCUUUGUGCGCUCUCAUCCUAUGAUGUAUCGUCCAGUUCUUCCGCAACAUCGCAGGCCGGUCUUCCUGCAAACACAGCCUAGCAGGAGAAAGUUGACACAGAUUGCGGUGGACAGGGUUCAAGCCCAAGAUGGACACUACCAUGUUCUCUAUAUUGGGACAGAUGACUCUCUGGUGCUCAAAGUUAUCACGAUCUACAACAAAGAUACCGACACAAUGGAAGAGGUGCUGCUGGAGGAGCUGCAAGUGUUUGAGGUUCCAGGACCAAUAAAAGAGAUUAUUAUAUCCCCUAAACGGCAAAAGUUGUAUGUGGGCUCGGAUGCGGGUGUGGCCCAGGUCCAACUGCACCACUGCGCCCUCUAUGGCUCAGAAUGUGCUGACUGUUGUCUGGCUCGAGAUCCCUACUGCGCUUGGGACGGCUUCACCUGCUCCAGCUACUAUCCAUCUGGAGGCUACACCAAGAGACGAUUCAGGCGACAGGAUGUUCGCCAUGGCAACGCAGUCCAACUGUGCAACGGCCUGCAAAUUGACGAUGAGCCAUGGCACAAAUCUGAGGAGAAGACUGUUUUUGGUGUGGAGGGCAACAGCACGUUGCUCAGCUGCGUCCCUCGAUCGCUUCAUGCCAAGGUGCUCUGGUUCUUCCAAAGUGGAGACAACAAACAAGAGGUUCACAAGGAUGAGCGUGUGGUCUGGACUUCGCACGGGCUUCUCCUUCUUAGCCUCACCAGCUCUGACGCCGGCAUUUACAUGUGCCAGACGGUGGAACACGGCUAUGUGCACACGCUACUGCGUGUUACCCUGCAUGUGCUCAGCGGCGAAACAUUGGCGUCUGCCAUCAGGCCUAAGGACACGCCAGGAGACAAAAGCGGAGCCCCCUGUCAGUCCCAUAUCAAUCCUAUAGUGGGGCCAAGUUUCAGCACCAGGAAUCUGGUGCCUGCUUCCCUGCCGGGCUCACACUCUAGGCAGUGGUACAAGGAGUUCCUCCAGCUGAUUGACUACAGGGAUGCCCAGCAAGUGGAGGAGUACUGCGAGAAGUUGUGGUGCCCAGAUAAGAAACGCAAAAAGAACAAAAAGAAGUUCCUUCCCUCAAGUGGUGAGAAAAACGCUAAAUCUAGGGCGGCUGCGGCUAAUCAUCGAGCCCCCCGGCACGCUCUUGACAACUGAGAUAGCGCGCGAGCACACACACACACACACACACAUCGAUGGACAGUCAUCAGUGAACAAAAACAUGCAUGUUUUUGGAGUGUGGGAGCUGGCGAACUCGCCACGCAGCCACGGGAGAACAAGCCACAAUUUGAAUGAGUGACUUCUUGCCUGCGUGGUGAGUGUACUCACCAUACUGCUGGAAAAAAAAAUAGUGGGGCAUUGAGUAGUAAUGCACAGUUAUCCAGAGCUGUUGCACCAUAGCGGCAUAGCGUUUUUGUCGCUCAACCUAGAAUUGUAUUCACAGAUUUUUUUGUCGCAUUUUGGAUUAAGGUUGUGGCUAAGCGAGAGUCUGACGUUUAGACAAAAGGUGGAACACACUCUGGGUUGGAGGGCAGCCAAAUACACAAAUUCACCCUUCCAUACACCCCUCAUAGGCAAGUUAGUUUUCACAUAACCUUAACGUGCAACUGCAUAUCCCAGGCAAGUAAACUUCUCAUAGAAAGAUCCAAAUAUCCAACCCAGAAGCUUUAAUUGGAAACCAGGUGUGAUAAUCACAUGACUUACUGUGCUGCCAAUUAUGAACAAACUGCUUUGCCGUUUGCAGCAUUUUAAUCACAGCAUUCCAACACGUGUGUCGAUGGCUGCGCGGGCACCCACAGCGGCUCCUCUUCUACUGAGGGGAGAAAUUUCAUCUCUGCUGUAUAUUGCACAUCUGAGAAUAAGCUUGACUUGACUUGUAGCACGUGACAGAUGAAAUGCUUCACUUUUCGUACUCUUCCUUCGAAAUUACAAUGUGAGUUGUGACAUUUUGACCUUUAGUUUGAUGACACGAUUCUCAGACUGACUUUGAAAAAAAAAGUGCUGUGCUUGCCUUUUUUUUCUUUUUUUUUUUGCUGUCAAGCGAUGACCUGUCACCGACGGGCUGUCGGUCAGUUGUGCAAAAAAGGAGGGCCGCAAGGGGGCACCGAUCAAUUAGGCGACAAAGACAUUGAUCUACAAAGACAAGACACACUGUAAAUUAAGAUCCCGUAGUCUGACCGCAUCCAGCGUCAAUCCAAAUGCACUCUACCGUCUCUUUAAAUCUGUACUAGUGCUGUGAACGCACUGCUUGUGUAUCUCACUGUAUCUGUCAUGACAGAAAAAAAAACGUUCUGAAAAAAGAUUAAGGGACCAAAUUAACGCUGGAACCUAUUUGGGGGUUUUGAUCAUUUUCCAUUUUU